AUGGUAUUACAAAUAAUUGAAUAAUUAGUUAAAAUUUCAGUAAAAUGCAGUAAUUUGUAUAAAAAAUGAAAAAGAAACAAAAACUAAAAUAGAAAUAGAAUUCCUCAUAAAAAUUACUAUUUAUUUGAGAUAGUAGAAAAAAAUUCUUAAAGUAUUAUAAUACACAUCUAAUUUAGAAUUCAAUGAUGAUUUUUAGUAAAAAUAAUAGUAUUUUGGUGAAAAUGCAAAAAAAAACUCUAUAAAUCGAAAUUAUCUUUUAAGCAAAAAAGAUAAUAUUAAGAAGGUAAAUACAAAUAAAUUAUUUUAGAAUUAAACAACUUUAUCUUUUGAAAAAAUUAAGUAAAAAAUAAAAAUAAUUUAAAAUAAUUUAGAGAGGUUUAUAAUAAAAUAAUAAGGAUACAUAAGGGAAACCCUUUUUUGUGGCUAAAGAAAAAAAAUAUCAUCCAUUUCUAUUACAUUUUAAUACCCACCAUAUCUAAAAUUUAGAUUUUAUAUACAUCUUGGAAUAUAAAUUAUCAUAAUUCAUGUUUAUCUUUUUAUAAAUUUUCUUUGAAAGAGCUAUAAUUAAAAAAUAAUCACAAAACUUGGUUAUAUCUUAAAAACUUAGAUUAAAUGAAUUGGAAUGA